UGUUUGGUUUGAUAAGUAAAUAGACAUAAUUACUCGUGGGUUAACUGAAAGCCGGGUUAUUUUAUUUUAUACUCUUAUUUUUAUUGUCAUAAGGUAGUCUAUAACCAUACAGAAUGGCGAAACAUCAUCCGGACUUGAUAUUUUGCCGAAAGCAGCCCGGAGUCGCUAUCGGAAGAUUGUGUGAAAAAUGUGAUGGUAAAUGUGUGAUCUGUGACUCUUAUGUUAGACCAUGUACAUUAGUACGUAUAUGUGACGAAUGUAAUUAUGGUUCAUAUCAGGGGCGUUGUGUUAUAUGUGGUGGACCUGGUGUAUCGGAUGCAUAUUAUUGUAAAGAGUGUACAGUUCAAGAAAAAGAUAGGGAUGGAUGUCCAAAAAUUGUGAAUUUGGGAAGUUCCAAAACAGAUCUAUUUUACGAAAGGAAAAAAUAUGGUUUCAAAAGACGGUAGCAUUGCCUUCUGUUUGUUUGUUUUUUUAUUUAAGCUCUAAUGAUUGUUCACAAUCUGAAUUAACUGUCCUCUUAGUAAACUAAUUAAAAUUUAAUUCUUAUACAUGUUUUUAAAUAAGUGCAAAUUAAUUGAUUUUAAAUUACUGAUUAAUAUAUAAGCUUUUAGUUUGAAUCAACAAUUAAAUAAAUAAUUAUCUACCAACAA